AUGGAAAACGAGCCUCGGGAGGAAGACCUGGAGAGAGAGUCGUUGAGAGUACUUGAACACAAUGAAGUGGCAGAUGACGCAACGCAAGAUGUGCCAGAUGAUGACGUGCCUUCUGAUGAUCUUCCCAGGAGAUCAGAGAGAAUGCGGAGAGCUCCCAGCCGCCUUCAGAGACACCUACGCCUGGUGCUGUGGUCAGAAGGCACGCAGAGACCCAGGUUCAAAGCUAGCCGGGCCAACUUUUGGUUCUGCAAGGUCACCCCGCCUGUGGUGAUCAGUGUUCCCGCCGUCAGACAUGGCGAGCCGAUGGCAGGGGUGGCUGGGAUACCUGCCGAAUCAGCCAUCAGUCACGGUGUGGCAAUCAAUACCUGCGCUGCGCUGCAGCUGCAGCUGCACCCGCACCCGUGCUCGGCUGCCACGCCUGGCUGUGAGCCGGGCUACUGGGGCCCGCACUGCAGCAACCGGUGCCAGUGUAAGAACGGCGCCCUGUGCAACCCCAUCACGGGCGCCUGCGUCUGCACGGACGGCUACCAGGGCUGGCGCUGCGAGGACCCGUGCGAGCCGGGCUACCACGGCAAAGGGUGCCAGCUGCCGUGCCAGUGUCUCAACGGCGCCACCUGUCGUCACGAGACGGGAGAAUGCAUCUGCGCCCCAGGAUACACCGGAGCUUUCUGUGGUGAGCGGUGUCCGUCGGGUAGCCAUGGUCCCCAGUGUGAGCAGCGCUGUCCGUGCCAGAAUGGAGGGAGUUGCCACCACAUCACUGGAGAGUGCUCCUGCCCCGCUGGGUGGACGGGUUCUGUGUGUGCCCAGCCGUGCGCUUUUGGCAAAUAUGGCGUGAACUGUGCCAAGGAGUGCUCCUGCCGUAACGGAGGGCUGUGUGACCACAUCUCUGGCCAGUGCGAGUGCAUGGCAGGCUACAGUGGCAAAAGGUGCCAAGAGGAAUGCCCGGUUGGCACCUACGGUCCCCAGUGUGCCCUGCACUGCGACUGCCAGAACGGCGCCAAGUGCUACCACAUCAACGGCGCGUGCCUGUGCGACACAGGCUUCAAAGGCCCGCACUGCCAGGACCGCUUCUGCCCACCGGGCCUCUACGGGCUCAUCUGCGACAAGUACUGCCCGUGCAACACCACCAACACCAUCAGUUGCCACCCCUUGUCUGGUGAGUGCUCCUGUGCGGCUGGCUGGACUGGCUUGUACUGCAACGAGACCUGCCCCCCUGGUUACCAUGGUGAGGACUGCAGCGAGCCCUGCCAGUGUGCCAACGGGGCCGACUGCCACGGCAUCACCGGCACCUGCGUCUGUGCCCCCGGCUACAUGGGAGAUGACUGUUCCCAGACCUGCUACCCGGGGCUAUACGGCACCAAUUGCUCCUCCGUCUGCUCCUGUCACAACAUGGCCACCUGCUCGCCUGUGGACGGAUCCUGCAUCUGCCGAGAGGGCUGGCAGGGUGUGGACUGCUCCAUCCCCUGCUCCAGUGGGGCAUGGGGCUUGGGGUGUAACCAGUCGUGCCAGUGUGCCAACGGGGCGGCCUGCGACCCGCUCGACGGAGUGUGUACCUGCUCCCCGGGGUGGCGGGGCGAGCGCUGCGAUGAGCCGUGCCCAAUGGGCACGUACGGGCUGGAGUGUCGCGAGCGCUGCGACUGUAACCACGCGGACGGCUGCGAUGCGGUGAGCGGGCAGUGCCGCUGUCUGGCCGGCUGGACAGGUGUCCACUGUGACAGUGUGUGUCCGCAGGGUUUCUGGGGCCCUAACUGCUCCUACACCUGCUCCUGCCAAAACGGAGGCUCCUGCUCCCCCGAGGAUGGCACCUGCGUCUGCGCGCCAGGAUACCGCGGGACCUCCUGCAAGAGAACCUGCUCUCCGGGGUUCUACGGCCUGCGCUGCAGCCAGUCCUGCCCACAGUGUGUCCACAGCAUGGGGGCCUGCCACCACAUCACGGGACACUGCGAGUGUCUCUCCGGAUUCUUCGGAUCCCUCUGCAACCAAGUGUGCCCCAGUGGUCGCUAUGGCAAGGCCUGUGCGGAGGUGUGUCUGUGCACCAACAACGGCACCUGCAACCCCAUCGACGGCUCGUGCCAGUGCUACCCCGGCUGGAUCGGAGACGACUGCUCCCAGGCGUGCCCGGCUGACCACUGGGGCCCCGACUGCCUGAACUCCUGCAACUGCCACAACGGGGCCCAGUGCAGCGCCUACGACGGGGAGUGCAGGUGCGGGCCCGGCUGGACUGGCCUCUACUGCACGCAGCGUUGUCCGUCGGGCUUCUAUGGCCGUGACUGUGCGGAGGUGUGUCGGUGUCAGAACGGGGCGGACUGUGACCAUAUCUCUGGCCAGUGUGCCUGCCGCACCGGCUUCAUCGGGGGCAGCUGUGACCAGAAGUGUCCAGCGGGCACGUUUGGCUAUGGCUGCCAGCAGCUGUGUGAGUGUAUGAACAACGCCACCUGCGACUAUGUCACCGGCACCUGCUACUGCAGCCCAGGGUACAAGGGCAUCCGCUGCGACCAGGCAGCUCUAGUGAUGGAGGAGCUGAACCCCUACACCAAGAUCAGCCCGGCGCUGGGCUCAGAGCGCCAGUCUGCGGGCGCCGUGAUGGGCAUCAUCUUCCUGCUGCUCAUCAUCAUGGCCAUGCUGAGCGUCUUCGUCUGGUACCGCCAGCGCCAGCGCGACAAGGCCCAGGACAUGCCCAGCGUGUCCUACACGCCCGCCCUGCGAGCCACCGCCAAUACAGACUACUCACUCUCGGGUGAGAUCCAAGACACGUCUCAGAGCAGCAGCAACAGCCAGUGUUUCUCCAACCCCAGCUACCACACAGUGGCCCAGUGCAGUGUCUCCUCCUCCAUCUCCAACAGCAUGGACGGAGGCACCCUCACCCUCAAGAAGGCAGAUGGGAGCAGCUCAGAGUGGCGUGCUUACUGUAAUCUGAAUGAUCUCGGUGUACAGAGAGGUGACACCAUGACAUUGAGGGACAACAAAGCCAACCGGAUAACGAAAGACUACAUCAAGCCGCCCACCCUGUGCACCACCAGCUCCUGCUCCAUCAGCAGCGAGAACCCGUACGCCACCAUCCGCGACCCGCCGGGCCUGGCCUGCAAGCACGCGGAGAGCAGCUAUGUGGAGAUGAAGUCCCCAGGCCCCCACCAGAUCACCUCCUUCUGCUCCCCCGCCGCCACUGCCACCACCACGGCCAGCAGGAACGUAUACGACGUCGAGCCCACUGUGAGUGUCCUGCAGGGUCCUAAUGGCAUGGCCACAGGCUUCUCCCAGAGUCCCUACGACCUGCCGCGCAACAGCCACAUCCCCAGCCACUACGACAUCCUGCCCAUGCGCCACAGCCCCACGCACACGCCGCCACCCCCGGAGAGCCCCCCCAGCUCACUGCUGUAGGGCCG